AUGGAGGUAUGCAAUCUGGAGGAUCUUGGUUUUUGGGGCUCUAAAUACACUUGGUGUAAUAUGAGGGCUGGGGGACAAUUUAUUAAGGAGACGCUAGAUCGUGCCACGGCUAAUGUACAGUGGCGGGAUCUAUUUCCAGUGACAAAGGUGGAAGUUUUAGCUAGUAGAUGUUCUGAUCAUACUCCAUUACUCAUCACGUUCCAACAGACCAGUAGACGAAUGAAUUCACGUCAUAGGAGGUUUAUGUAUGAAGCUAUGUGGGGGAAACAACAGCAGGCCCGUGAUUUGAUUAAAAAAGUAUGGAGAGUUAAAACUCCAGGUGUAAGAGUAUGGCGGGAGGUUUGCUGUAAAAUUGAGAAUAGCAAGCAGGAGGAUUUACAAUGGCGACAAAGAGCUAAGGAGCAUUGGUUGAAGCAGGGGGACAAGAACUCAAAGUUUUUUCAUGCAAGUGUUAAACAGAGAAGAAGAACUAACAAAAUCAGUAGUAUCCUAGAUGAAAGAGGCCAACUUCAUAAUAACCCGGAUGCGGUUGAGGGUGCUUUUAUUCAGUACUAUACAUCCCUUUUUACUUCUACUAUGUCUGAAGGUACUCAAGCUUGUUUGGAACCAUUACCAAGAAGUGUUUCGGAGGGGAUGAAUGAGAAUUUGCUACGGAUGUUCACAAAGGAAGAAAUAUGUGCAGCUAUUUCUCAGAUGGCUCCUUUGAAGUCUCCAGGACCGGAUGGAUUACCGGUAUGUUUUUAUCAAGAUAAUUGGUCGGAGCUCGGUGAUGAGGUAUGUGAAGCAGCUCUCCAAUUUUUUAAUUCUGGCAUUCUUGAGGAAAAUGUUAAUUUUACUCAUAUAGCAUUGAUUCCUAAAAUCCGAAAUCCUACUAGAGUCACAGAAUUCCGUCCCAUUAGUCUUUGCAAUGUACUUUACAAGACUUUGUCUAAAGUUUUGGCAAAUAGGUUGAAAACUAUUUUGCCUCACAUUAUUUCUGGUACUCAAAGUGCGUUUAUUCCGGGACGUCUGAUUUCUGAUAACAUUUUAGCUGCUUAUGAAACCUUACAUACAAUGCAUUCUCAUAUGUGGGGUAGAGUAGGGUAUAUGGCUCUGAAACUUGAUAUGAGUAAGGCGUACGACCGGGUGGAAUGGGGGUUUUUGGAGGAGGUCAUGACAAAGAUGAGAUUUGCAUCAAGAUGGGUUGGAUUGAUUAUGGCUUGCAUUACUUCUGUUAAAUAUUCCAUUAUCAUCAAUGGUCAACCGGUGGGUCAUAUUAGUCCGUCACGAGGGAUAAGACAAGGGGAUCCUCUCUCCCCUUAUCUUUUUCUUCUUUGUGCGGAGGUUUUGAGUUGUCAAUUUCAGCGGGCUGCAGUAUUGGGGCAACUAAGGGGGGUUCCCACAUCCUUGGGUGGGCCAAGGCUUAAUCAUUUGUUCUUUGCUGAUGAUAGUUUAAUUUUUUGUAAGGCUUCCCCAAUAGAGUGGCAAUGUUUAUCCGACUUGCUUGAUGCGUAUGAGAAGGCCUCCGGGCAAAGACUUAAUAAAGAUAAAAUAACUGUUUUUUUCAGUAGAAAUACAAGUCGGGAGGCAAGGGAAUGUAUCCUUAAUCUGACAGGGAUUCCAGUUUCACAUCGUUAUGAUAAAUAUCUGGGGCUGCCAGCUUUGGUGGGAAAAUCUCGAGUUGGUGAAUUUCGGAAUAUUAUUGAUCGUGCAAGUAGAAGAGUAUCGGAUUGGAAGAUGAAAUUUCUCUCUCUAGCUGGUAAGGAAAUCCUAUUGAAAGCAGUGAUUCAAGCAAUCCCAACUUAUAGUAUGAGCAUCUUCUUUUUACCCAAAACUUUAUGUCGGGAGUUGAAUAAUAUUAUGCAAAAAUUCUGGUGGGGUCAUAGGGAUAAUGAUAAGAAAAUUCAUUGGAUGAGUUGGGAAAAGAUGGGGUUUGCCAAGAAUAAGGGUGGUAUGGGAUUUCGUGAUCUUAUGGUCUUUAAUAAAGCUUUGCUUGCAAGACAAUGCUGGAGAUUGUUACAGUUUCCAGAGAGUUUGGUAGGACAAAUCAUCAAAGCAAAAUAUUUUCCUAGGGGUUCACUGCUUAGAGCUAAGUUGGGAAGUAGGCCCUCAUAUGCUUGGCAAAGUCUUCUUUCAGCUAAGGAUGUGCUUACGGAGGGUUUAUUGUGGCGUAUUGGAGAUGGGAAAUCAGUCAGGAUUUGGGGUGAUAAGUGGCUGCCUACCCCUACUACAUUUGAAGUGCAAUCUCCAUGUAUGAGAUUGGCGGUAGAUGCAAGAGUUGAAUCACUGAUAGACUGGAAUUUGGGGGGCUGGAACACAACGCUUAUCUACGAUAUUUUUCUGAAAGAAGAAGCAGAAAUUAUCUGUAAUAUUCCGAUAAGUCGAUAUGGAUAUCCAGAUAAGUUAAUUUGGAGAGCUAAUACCUCAGGCAUGUUUACGGUGAGAAGCGGGUACCACAUGGAAAAAGAGAGACAUGCAUUACAAAUGGGAGAGGGAUCACGUGGUUCUGGAUAUACGAAUCUGUGGAAAAAACUUUGGCAAUUGCAGGUCCCAAAUGCAGCUAAGGUCUUCUUGUGGAGAGCAUGUAGUAACAUACUUCCUACAAAGGAUAACCUAUUAAAAAGGAAAAUUGUUAAGGAAGAUGGUUGUAUUUUUUGCUGCAGAGACACAGAAUCUGUUGUGCAUAUACUAUGGGAAUGUCCAUCGGCGACGGAUGUUUGGAGUGUUAGCUGCCGCAGUUUACAAAAAAGUCAUGACUAUUUUGAUUCUUUUAUGGACGUCUUUGCGGGACUGGUGGAGAGAAGCAGCAUCCAUGAUCUUAAUUUAUUUGCACUCACUGCGAAGAGGAUAUGGGCUAGGCGGAACACUGUAAUCCAUGGAGGUGAGUUUCUGCAUCCUUGUAAAAUUGCACAGGAGGCUGAAUCCAUGUUAUCAGAUUAUCAUAUGGCUUUGGGUGUGACAUUGGAGGGAGAAGGGCGUCAGGUAGUAAGGAAUGUGGUGAAGUGGAAGAAUCCUCCAGUUGGUUAUUACAAAAUGAACUGGGACAUGGCUUUAGACAACAUUCAUAAAUGUAUGGGUUUUGGCAUGAUAGCUCGUGAUGAUCAAGGAAAUGUUAUAGCUGCCCAAAGCAAACAUAUCAGUGCUAUACAGGCUCCAGUUGUUGGUGAAGCUAUGGCAGCUUUGGAAGCUGUGGAGUUUAGUAGGGAGGUGGGGCUACAAGAUGUCAUCUUAGAGGGAGAUUCCUUACAAGUUGUCCAAGCCUUACAAAAAACAGAGCAGAACUGGAUCCCCUAUGGGCAUAUUGUUGAAGAUGCUAGGUUGAUAUUAAACACACGUAGGAACUGGCCGAAUUUGCUUGUGUGUGCAGUAAAGACUCAAGAGCAAUCCGGAUGUCAGGGACUGCAGCUAGACUUCUCGUACUGUGAGAUUGGAUUUUUAUGUGGGUUUGCUGUUUUUGGCUUGUGGGUGUUCUUGUUUUCAUUGGGUUUGCUUAAUUGCUGCAGAGGGGAAGAUUUAGAUUUGGAGGGAGGUGAUGCUUCUAUGGGCUCUGUAGAACUAAAUGGAGUAAGAAUUUCUGAUGUUUCUUUGGAUUCUGAAGAACUAAAUGUAGAUGUUGGUGUUUCUGACGCUUAUUGCAGAAUCUGCUGCAAGGUUAUUUCUUAG